UACUGUGAUAAAUGAAGCCCAGUUUUCAAAGCUCUUAACCUUAAAUUGCCGAAAUUUUGAUCACAGGCGUUCAACUUAUCGGUGAGCAACAUGAGUGCAUCACUAGAUAUUGACGAGAUCGACGACAUCGUCGACAUGAUUCAGAUAAUAAUGUCGCUCAAUAUUUCGUGCAAAGGGCUGACAACGUUGGACGAAGUGAAACAAAAAUGCAAAGAGAGACUUCAGUUGUUAGAGAAAAAUUCAAGUUGGACAGCAAAGGAGGCCUUAACAGUGUUAACAGAGGCAAAGAAAGAAGACGAGGAAAAACGAGCAACCUUGCUCAGUUUCUACGAACGCACGAGUGCUUGUUUGGAUACGAUGCCUGAAAAUAUUCUUGCCAUUUUGAAGCAAAAUAUCGGAAACUUCAGGGGGAAAAUCGUUUCCCACAAACAAAUUCUACUAAAGAAAGAGUACCUUGUUCUUGUUGCAGGUGAUACAGGUUCAGGAAAGAGCACCCUGUUGAAUCUGAUUCUCGGAGAGCAACUUCUUCCUUACUCCGUUCCCAGUACUACAUCCACAAUCGUUGAAAUUAGGUACGGAGAUACACCAAAGUUGGUGGCGCACUAUAAAGACAAAGAAUCUGGGAAUACCUCUAAGACUGUCCUCCUAGAAAAGCCAUUCGAAGCCUCCAAGCGGAGUCACCUUCAACACUGGAGAUUCUCUCUUCUCUACCUGAACACGAACAGAGAGAGGGGUUUAAAAUACGAAAAGAUUGAGCUGUUUUGGCCACACAAUCUGUUGAAGGAAAACAUUGUACUAGGUGACAGCCCAAGCGUCGGUGAAUCUGACAUCAUGGAUGACAUAGUAACAGCGUACCUUCCAAAGGCUUCCGCUUUUAUUUACGUCAUUAACAGUGCAAACGCCUGUGGAGUAUCUAGAUACUGGUUAAGAAAACUUAUCGAAAAUAUCAGACAAUUGUCCCUUGACCAACAGAUGGAGUCUUCCUUAGACUUUGCUCUGUUCGUUUGCAACAAGUGGGACCAGGUGCCGCCACAAAAAACUGAUGAAGUGAAGAGCAUCAUCGUGACUAAACUCACACAGUGCUGGCCUAGUUUAGAUUCAGAAUCUCAGAUCAUUUAUAUGUCAGCAAAAGUUGCUUGUGAGGCCCAGAAGUUUGGAGUGGUCACGGACGAGUUUGGUGAACUAAUGAACGGUAUCAAGUCCAUGAUGUUGAAAAGUAUUGAAGCAAGACCACAGGUUCAGUGGAGGUGGCUUGACUACCUCCUAACAAGCGUGGCCUAUCACACGAAGGCGUUCAUGCGUAAUUUUUCCGAAGAUCGUGAAAACGUGAUAGAGAGAAGGAAGAUGAUCACUGGCCCCCUUCAUACUAUUGAAAGGCUGCGAGAUGCCGUAAGCAAGGAGAUGCAGACAGUCUUCGAAAACAAGACAGACAAUGCUGCCUUUCCAGUGUUGACAGAGGCAAAGAAAGGAGACGAUAACAAACGAACGACCUUGCUCAAUUUCUACGAACGCACAGAUGAUUGUUUGAACACGUUGGAUGGAAAAGCUCUCGCCCUUUUGGAACAGACAAUCGGAAACUUCAAGGAGAACAUCGUUUAUCACAAACAAAAUCUAAAGAAAAAAGAAUUCACUGUAUUCGUAGUGGGCGAAACAAGUUCAGGAAAGAGCACCUUGUUGAAUCUUAUCCUUGGAGAGCAGCUUCUUCCGUGCUCUUUUCUCAGUACCACAUCCACCAUUUGUGAACUAAGAUAUGGAGAUACCCCAAUACUGGUGGCGCACUUAACUGACAAAGAAUCUGGAUUUACUGUCUUCCUAGACGAGCUACCCGAAGCCUCCGAAAUUUCCGAAUUUGUUAGCGUGAAAGAGUCUAAGUACAGAGAGAGGGGCUCAGAUCUCGAAAAGAUUGAGCUGUUGUGGUCACACAAUCUGUUGAAGGAAAAUGUUGUAUUAGUUGACAGUCCAAGCUCGGGCGAAUCUGCCAUCAUGGAUGACAUGGUAAAAUCGUACCUUCCAGAGGCUGUUGCAAUUAUUUUCGUCAUCAACGUUGCAAACGCUGGUGGACUACGCAGAGAAAUGCUUGAAAACGUUAUCGAAUACACCAGACAGGUGUCCCUUGACACACAAAGGGAAUCUUUCUCAAAAUGCGCACUAUUCGUUUGCAACAAGUGGGACCAGGUCCCGUCAGAAGAAACUGAUAAAGUGAAGAAUACCAUCCAGAGGAAACUCACAGAGUGUUUGCCCGGCUUAGAUCUAGAAUCCCAGAUUAUUUACAUGUCAGCAAAAGACGCAAGUAAGGAAGAGUUUACUGAACUCAUGAAUGGUAUUGAGUCAAUGGUAUUAAAAACUAUUGAAGCAAGACUACAGAUCCAGUGGAGGUAAAUUGCUUUAAACGUUAAGUGACUGAAGUUAUUUUUUAAACAUUUGCUUCUGAGGAAAAUGCCUGUCUGCUUAGUCUUAAUAAAAUUAUGUGCACGAAAUAUUUCUCUGAUUGGUUCUCAGAAAUAUUGACUAUAGAUGAUGCAAUUAUAUUGAAAGGAGAC